AUGGAGUGGCAGCUCUUUGCGCGCUACUCUGGCAGUCAAUUCUACACACGCGGACUGCUGCUGGUGGACAGGUCUCACACUUUUCAAGCCAUGGAAUUCACGUCAGAGGAGUGCACCUGGCGUUUCCGAGCAGGUGACAGCGAGGAUUGGAGCAGUGUUGAGUCGGGCCUCCUUUUCCCGAGUGGAAAAGACCAGAUAACGCAAUUCAACGUGAGUAGUGCGCGUGAAGCAGUGGAGGGUGAGGCAAUGGUUCAAUCCAGAAUCAACUUGGAGAUGAACACCGAGCGCGGCAUCCGGCAAGCCGCACAGCUUUACACUCAAUGCAGGCCAGGCGAGUUUUUGAAUUUCAAGCUCACCAUGUACCAGAGGAAUGACAUCGGCUUCGCGGGAGGAGAGCUGGGACAAACCCCAGAAACUAUGGCAUCAAGUGAAGCUCAGACGCAGUUUUUGUCUUCCAAGUUCAAGAUGAUGAAAAUGAGGACAGAUACGGAGUUUGAGGUUCAAAAGAAUUGGAUGGUUCUUGGGGGCAGCACAGUGGCGGAUGCAUAUUUCAAGAGGGACGAGAACCAUCAAGGCGAAGCUCAUUUGGCCACGGCCACUUGUACUGACUCACAGGAACAGGAGGCGGUGAGGAUUUGCACGAAGCACUUGCAGAAAGAGGACACGUUGGACUCAGAGGUCUUUGAGAAUUGCGUCUUUGAUGUUUGCCAUGGGGGUGGAGAAGUUGCACCUGCAGACGAUUGCUACACGAUGCCAGGGUUGGGCAUUGGCAAUGUCACCUCAGCUUGGAACCUUAUGUGUGCCGUACGGAGGUUCCAUUGCCGCCACGAAGUCGUCAAGGAUGCAUGCAGAUUUCUCGAGUUGGCAUCUGGUGAUGGCUGGGCUUAUGACAAGGCGCCGGCCGUUGGCAUGUUGUGCCACCGCUGCCAGCACACGUUGUGGACGGCAAGUGUGAGCCAGAAGGGAAGGCCACCAAUUCCAGCAAGCUUACUCGAUCCGCCGGUGCUGGCUGGUCAGCGUGAACUGGAGCGCUUUCCUGUCGAAUCCUUGUGCCUGGGCUCGGAACUGAGAGGCUACGUGUCCAGCAUUACCCAUGAAGGCCCGAUUCACUGA